AGGGGCCGCUGCCGGAUUCCCCCACCCCCCCUCCACCGAGCCCCGCGCGCUGCCCAGAUGGGGUGCGGCGUGUCAAAGGCGACCGCGGACGAGGCGCCAGACGUCAUACCCGCGGCAGACGCAGCGUCCGAUGGGGGGCCUCCGCCGACACUCCUCGCGUCUGCGCGCCAGACCACCCAGCCUGGGCGCGGCGGGUCUCAGAAGGCCGCGUGCGAGGCUGGCGUCGCGCCCGCCGCCGAGGGGCUCGGCGCAGACUGCGGGGCGGCGGCCCCUGCCGAGGGCGGCGCCUGCUCGUUCGAGGCCCGGGCGGAGGGCGCCGCCGAGGCCGCGGCCCGCACGGAGGGCGCCGGCGAGGGCGACGGGCCCCGCAGCAAGGGCGCCGCGCCCUCCGACGGCUCGACCUGCUGCGUGUCCUCGCCUUCGAGGGAGCUGUCGGCGGUCAGCCAGGGGAGCGAUGCCUCGAGCCCGGCCGGCGUCGCCGCCGCGGCGGUGGCCGAGGCCGCUGACCUCAUGCGCAGGCACCGGGCGCUGGAGGCGGAGGAGGUGCUGGGCCGCGCGCUCGCGCGCCUCGGCGAGGCCGGCGCUGAGGAUGUGGACGCGGCGCGGGCGGCAGACCACCUGCGCGCCAGCGAAGCCCACGCGGCGGUCUGCGCGCGUUGCCAGCAGUACGAUGAGAUUGCUGGCCUGCUGGGGCCGCCGGACCGGCAGCAGAAGCUCCUGUGGGAGGGCGAAGGAAGCCAGCUGUGGGUGCACGCGCCUGCGGGCGAGACGUGGAUCGAGUACAAGAUCAUCCUCGAACUGGACCUGGUCCCGGAGCACGAGCCGAGCGUGCUGGGCACGCCAGCCUUCCUGGGGGACGCGGGCCCGUGGCACGCGGUCGUCCGCAUCGUGGUCGGGGUGCUGCUGCUGCGCGUGGAGCUGAUCAACGAGGUCUGCAGGUUCUACAACACCGAGCAUGGCUUCCUGGCCGAGUCCAUCCGCUCGGACUUCCCCACCGAGGGCCGGCGGCUGCCCCCGAGGCACUGGCGGAACAUGCGGGUGAGCGCGAGGGUCUCCAACAUGUGGAUACCGAGGGGCGGCGGGUGCAGCGGCACCACGAUUGUCCAGUCCUCACGGGUCGACGCGGGGGUCAAGAUCCCAGACCGGAUUUUGGCGUUCUUCUUCGGUCAGCUUGCGCCGUCCAUGGUCCGCAACCUGCGCAAGAACUCGAAGUCUGUUGGCAGCCCGGACGGCCCGUACGCCCCCCGCCUGGCCGAGGACAGGCUGGGCAUCUACGCGGAGUGCGCGCGCGUCGAGGAGGCCGCCGCGCGACGGCGGGCCCGCGGCUCGGAGAGCCUCCCCGGCCAGGACUGGCUGAGCCGGCCCUGGCGCCUGGCCGCGGGCCCGCUGCCCUGACGCGGGGGCGCGCGCACGCUCAAAAGAACUUUCAGGAGGGAAAGAAACACACAGGCGAUCUCCCCAAGACGUCGUUGCGCCGCUUGUGAUGCUCACGCAGGGUCGGACGGUA